AUGGUGGAAUCUAUGGAGGAAGCUACUGUGGAUUGUUUGAUAGAUGAAGGGACACGCACAUGGAAUGCUGAUAUGGUGGAUGGAUUGUUUGCACCGGAAGAAGCAGAAGAAAUUAAGAACAUUCCAUUGGCCCGGGUAGCUACUGAAGACUCACUGUUUUGGCCACUAGCACAGGAUGGUAAGUUCAAUUGCAAGCUGGGGUACCGAUUCUUAAAGGAAGCAGAGGAUGGUUCUCACAGGGAGGCUCGGCCUGAUCAUGAAAAAGGCCUAUGGAAGCAAAUCUGGGCUCUGGCAUGUCCGAAUAAGGUGAAGAAUCUAGUUUGGAGAGCUUGCCGUGACUCACUUCCAUCAAAGAGCAACCUUCUGCGUAGAACUAUUAUCACGGAUCAGACCUGUGACCGUUGUCGAGGUGAAGCGGAAGACAUGAUUCAUGCAGUAUGGACUUGCAAAAACCUGGAUUGUGUGUGGGAUAAGGAUACCGCAUGGAGUUUUCGGAACCAGACUUCUUUUUCCAGCUUCAGUGAAUUGAUGGCUUGGGUAUUUGAGCAUCAACGGAAGCCAGCUCUCUUUGCUUUCACGGUGUGGUCCAUCUGGACUCAAAGGAACCAGAUGCGUUCUCAACAACCUUGUUGCUCCCUGAACCUUCUUUCUCAAUUUGCAGCUGAGAGAUAUUCAGAAUACCAAGCUAUCUUACCGCCAACUUCACCCAGUAGACCUCGCAUGAGGACACGUUGGAAGCCACCUCCAUUGGACGUCUACAAAAUUAAUUUUGAUGGAGUCGUUUUUGUCGAAGAAAAUUGUUCAGGGGUAGGAGCUAUUAUCCGUAACAAAGAAGGCUUGGUGCUAGCAGCCAUGACAGAAAAAAUCCCCCAGCUCCUACAGCCGAUUGAAAUUGAGGCCAGGGCAGCCACUAGGGCUCUUGAGUUUGCUAGGGAGGUGGGCAUCUCAACAGCUGUCCUUGAGGGAGAUUCUUUGAUGGUGAUUAAGGCAUUAGAAACCAAGGAUGUUGGACUUGCUCCAUUUGGUCUCUUGAUUCAGGAUGCUUACAGUUUUAUUCCAGCUUUUUCUUUAUUGUCUUACUCUCAUACAAAGAGAGAGGGCAACCUAGUAGCGCAUGAUUUGGCGAAGUUAGCUGUUACUAUCCCAAAUUGUGUAGUAUGGAUGGAAGAUGUUCCAUCGGAAGUUGUUCAUUCAUAUCAGGCUGAUUUGGCCGGGUUUUCUUAA